UCGAUGCAGACAAUCGGUGUGCCAGCUCCACUCUGCUUCCCGAAGCCAACGGCCUAGCUCCUUGAUGUUUUUAUGUUUGAUACCGAGGGAGAGAUUUACAGCACGUCACUAAGUCUCCUUUCCUGGAGGCUGCCUCGUUAUUGUUUGAGAUCCGACCUACGACAGUGGUGCGCUUGGCGAACUUGCAGACAGCGGAGCGGGGGUUGGAAGUUGGCAUCGGAGCUGCGGCCCCCACAACCCCCGCAGCUCGGAAAAGGAUCUGCCCUGAGGACACGAGCCAGCGAUGGUAUCAAACCGGAUAUGGUUCCCGCCCUCUUCCUGAGAUCUGCCUUUGCAAUUCAGAAAGAUUUCCUUUCUCGGGUCCGGAUGGAAUUCCCAGAGUUGCCGCAGGAAACCCACCGCUCCUUUGCCAAUCCCCAGGGCGGAGUCUUGACCUGGCGCCACAUCACUUCGGAUCAGAGUCGGAGAACGGGAUUACUCCAGCCUGUGUGACAAACAGCCCAUCGGCCGGGAACUCUUCUUCCAGUUCUGCCGCACGCUCCCCCCGCUCAGGCACUGCAUCGGAUUCCUCAACUGCGCGGCAGAGUAUGAGCUGGCUCCCGACGAGAAGAGGACGGAGAUGGCGGAAGAGGUCAUCCGGAGGUUUCUAACCAAGGGGUCGGCGGAGUAUGUGCCAGGAAUUACGGAGUGCCACGCCCGGCAGUGCCUGGAGAGCUUGGGAGGAAGGCUCGGCAAAGAUCUCUUCGCUGAAUGUUUGAGGGUCUCACACCAGUUCCUCAGUGGGUCCCCGUUCUCUGAAUUUCAGGAGAGUAUGUAUUUUGAUCGCUUCCUCCAGUGGAAAUGGUUGGAAAGGCAGGCCGUGACUAGGGACACCUUCCGACAGUACAGGGUGUUGGGGAAAGGAGGCUUUGGCGAGGUCUGUGCCUGCCAAGUGCGAGCAACCGGGAAGAUGUAUGCCUGUAAGAAGCUGGAGAAGAAGAGAAUUAAGAAGCGGAAAGGCGAGAGCAUGGCAUUGAAUGAGAAGCAAAUUCUAGAGAAAGUGAACAGCAGAUUUGUGGUCAGCCUGGCCUACGCCUUUGAGACGAAGCAGACUCUGUGUCUUGUGCUGACCAUGAUGAACGGAGGCGACCUGAAGUUCCACAUUUAUAAGAUGGGCAACCCAGGCUUUGAGAAGAGCCGAGUGGCCUUUUACGCUGCUGAGAUAUGUUGUGGCCUCCAGCACCUUCACGGCGAAGGGAUAGUCUACCGGGACCUGAAACCAGAGAACAUCCUCCUUGAUGAUGAUGGGCACAUUCGGUUAUCGGAUCUGGGACUGGCAGUGAUGAUCCCGGAGGGGGAGACAGUCAGUGGCCGGGUGGGGACUGUCGGAUACAUGGCUCCCGAGGUGAUUAGCGACAAGGAAUACACAGUGAGCCCUGACUGGUGGGGCCUAGGCUGCCUCAUUUACGAGAUGACAGCUGGGCAGUCACCCUUCCGAGCUCGGAAGGAGAGAGCGAAGUGGGAAGAAGUGGAGAUGAGGGUGCGGGAGCAGGUGGAGGAGUACAGCGACAAAUUCACGGAGGACACCAAGGACAUCUGUCAGCUGCUGCUUGCCAAAGAUCCCAAACGGCGACUCGGUUGCAGAGCAGCAGGAGCCAACGAAGUGAAGGAACAUCCAUUCUUCCGAUCCAUCAACUUCCACCAGCUCGAGGCUGGCAUGUUGGUGCCCCCCUUUGUACCCGACCCUCAAGCCGUAUAUUGCAAGGAUGUGCUGGACAUUGAACAGUUCUCCACUGUGAAAGGGGUUAACCUGGACCAAACGGACAAUGACUUCUAUGCCAGGUUUGCCACCGGCAGCGUCUCCAUCCCCUGGCAAAAUGAGAUGAUCGAGACGGAGUGCUUCAAGGAGUUGAAUGUCUUCGGACCAAACGGGAUCCGCUCACCGGAUCUGGACUGGAAUCGGCUUCCGGAACCUCCCAAGAGGAGCCUGCUCGACCGAAUUUUCCGACGUCACCCCCAGGAUCAUGCCGUCAGCACGGGCCGCACACCCAGCACCAGCUCUGACAAUGGCAUGGCCCACGAGCUUCGGGCAACCAACAUCGCUUGAAUGGAGUCUCUGGGAAAUGGCACUGCACUGAUGGCAGAUACUGGCAGGCACUGAUGGUGGGCAUUGCCAAACAUUGAUGGUGGCCAUUGGCAGACAUUGAUGGCGGCCUUUGGCAGACAUUGAUGGCAGCCAUUGGCGGACAUUGAUGGCAGCCAUUGGCGGACAUUGAUGGCGGCCAUUGGCGGACGUUGAUGGCGGCCAUUGGCGGACGUUGAUGGCGGACAUUGAUGGCGGACAUGGGCAGACAUUGAUGGUGGCCCUAGGCGGACAUUGGUGGCGGCCAUUGGCGGACAUUGGUGGCGGCCAUUGGCAGACAUUGAUGGUGGCCAUUGGCGGACAUUGGUGGCGGACAUUGAUGGCGGACAUGGGCAGACAUUGAUGGUGGCCCUAGGCGGACAUUGGUGGCGGCCAUUGGCGGACAUUGGUGGCGGCCAUUGGCAGACAUUGAUGGCCAUUGGUGGACAUUGAUGGCAGACAUUGGCCAACAUUGAUGACAGACAUUGGCGAACAUCAAAGGUGGCCAACUUGGGCUGACUUUGAUGGACGUUGACGAUGAACAUUGACGACAUCCUUUCAGUUUUCCUGUCGAGGUAACAAGAACGGCUCUGUCACAAUGGGAUAUGUGUCACUGGAUAUGUAAAUAUUUAAAUUAUAAAUCCUGCGUAAAUACAAGACAUCUGGAAAUGGAGCUGAUCAAAGGGCAGUUGUUUGUGAGGUGUCCCAGGACGGAAUGCACAGUGAGGAAUUCCUCCAAGGGGUGAGGGAUUGGAACCUCAAGGGUUAGCAAGUUGUUGAGCAGAGAAAUUCUGUGCCCACAUUUUCCACCCUGCAAUCAUCAAGAUCUCACCUAAGAGUGCCCCAGUCGCAACAAUGUGUACCUCCUCAGCUCUUCACUCCUGGGACAUACGUUGUUGCGAGGUUGCUGGGCACUCGUGUUCUCAUUCCUGACGCGAACUGGGGGCCAAGUGUUCGGGAUGUCUCUCUCGCUGUCCCUCUAGGGUAACGUUUGAAUUUGGUGCUGUUGAAAUCGAAGUUGUUGUUGGUGGUGUGUUGCACCACUGACACCUGGUGGCAGCUGGUCAGAAUGACAUGUCCUCACCAAUGGAGACUUGAGAUGGACCUUGGCUGGUUUCAAUAGGGCCUUAGGCCCCUUUUUGAACAAGGGCAACACCCCCUCCCUCAAUCUCUGCUCCUGGUGGAUUCUGGGGUACGUUUUGUGCCGAAAUCAGGACGGCCUUGAGCAGGGGGGAGCACACUGGCUUUUAUGACGCGCACUUGCCCACGACUGUGCUGCCAUGACAGGCUCCAACAGGGGCCAUUGCCAAGGGGUAGUCUCUUCUAAGCCAGAUCCUCCCCCCAUCCCCAACGAACUCUCAAACACACAAUGUCUUCACACACCAUCCCCCCCACCCCCCUUCUCCGCUGGUCUCCACCCAGCAUGUGUAGCGCAACCACAAAAUCGCUGGGCCCUCAGUGGGAUCUUGCUGUGCGCCACCAUUGUGGUGGUGGUGCUUGUUCCAUUUGCCACCAUUUGGCCCAUAUCCCUCUAAACUCUUCCUAGUUAUAUACCCAUUCAGAUGCCUUUUAAAUGUUGUAAUUGUACCAGCCUCCACCACUUCCUCUGGCAGCUCAUUCCAGACAUGCACCACCCUCUGUGUGAAAAAGUUGCCCCUCAGGUCCCUUUUAAAUCUUUCCCCUCUCACUUAUGCCAUCCAGUUUUGGACUCCCCUACCGUGGGGAAAAGGCUUUGGCCAGUCACCCUCCCCAUGCCCCUCAUGACUUUAUAAACCUCUGUAAGGCCACCCCUCAGCCUCCGACGCUCCAGGGAAAACAGCCACCAGAGCUAUGUCUUUCCGCAAUCUAACCAGGUCCCAUGUUCCAAGACCCACGGACGCCAGUGAGAUUGUCCAACCCGGGAAGAUGUCUCAGGUUUGGUUCUGGUGAUCCCUGGGGGCCUUACCCACUUGUUAAAUUGAAGCGAACAAGGAGCAGGAAGGAACAGGUCAGUCCGAACCGUCAAUAUUGGUCCUUUCUGUAAUACUUGUCAACUGGAUGUACUGGAAGAGUUGGGCAUCACGAGGUGGGGGGGUGGAUUUUGAGACAAUGCAAGGUCACGACUGGUAUCUGCUGUGGGCAGCUGAUCUCCGUGCUGGAAUCUGAUGGCUGCCUGUUUUUUGGAUGGAUCCCACGGUGUUGUGUGCACUAAAGAAUUUUGGAAGCCAUUCCCGGACUGUCUGUGUGUGUGUGUGUGUGUGUGUGUGUGUGUGUCCCUCCCGUUAGGCUCUGGAAUCCUGGGAACUCAGAAACCGAGGCACCUCCUGGGCAUGCUCCUUCCCCGAGUGGGCAUCAAAGAUGGGGUGGGACCCUCACAGCAGAAUUGCCCUCUCUGACCACACACCCCCACCCUGUCCUGGUUGCCACUGUGUUUCUGAACAAAGGGUGUGGAUUUGCUAAAGGGACAGUGCGAAACGGAUUGGAAGGAGGGAAGAAGGGGGUUGGUGGGUAAGGUUCAAUCCGUCGGACGAAGGAAGUGCCAAGGCUGAGACGACCAGCUGCGGACAGGAGAAUUUAGAUCUGGAGGGGAUAGGGGGACCAUGGGAGUGGGUGGUGAUGGAAGUGGGGUGGGGGCGCAGUUUCUAAAUGGAUGCUGAGGGGUGACCAGAUAGCGGUGUUUUAGAUACAGAGGGGACGUCCCCUCUUGCUGGGGACAAGAGCAGAAUCCAGAGGCUGUCAAGAUGAGACACUGGGGAAUUCCAGAAGGAAUCCCAUUCCCAGAUAGUGGGGGCAGAGUGUGGAGCUCGGUCCCACAGGGGGAGAAUCGUAUCUGUGUAUUUGAGAGGGAGGUAGACAGGUACAUGAAGUGGACACAUUGCUAUUAGCAUCGGAUCAUUGACCCCCACCCCACGUCCACAGUUAAACAAAAGCUCUAGGGUUCAAAUCCCACCAUGACGGAUGGUGGAAUUUGAUUCCGUGAAACAAUUGGAAUUGAAACAUUCAUGUCAUGGUGACCACUGUCAAUAGUUUGCAAAAUUGUUUCAGCAUGAAGAUAACGAUGACCACAAAAAACUUCCAUUGAGUCCGGUCCAUGCCCACUUUAGGGAAGUACGUGUGCCAUCCUUACCCAGUCUGGCCUACAAGUGACUCCAGACCCCACAGCAAUGUGUUGUCUCUUACCUGCCCUCUGCCAACACGAUUGCCCCCUCUCAUUUCAAGGGGCAACUAAGGAUGGGUAACAAAUGCUGGCCCAGACAGCGACACCCACGUUCCGUGAGUUAAUUUUUUUUUUAGAAAAAUGAGAGAGCGAGGGGCUAAAGGAUUUAGGGUGACAGUCUCUGAGGAUGAAUGUUUGGGGAGGAUGCGGGGAUGGGGAGUAGUUGAGUCACAUGAUCUGUUUUGACACAGUGUAUCCAAUGUAAUUCCGCGAGUAAGGAAUGGUAGAGGGUGAGAGAGUGGUCACAGGGCUGGAGGAACCAGUGUUGAGGAGAUAGGCGAAAAGGCUUUCUCCUCCAGCUAUUCCCGGAAUUUGAUUCAGGAACUCAAGCCAGGGGUCUUCCCUCCGAGGGAGCUGACCCCACUGCAGUCCCAGGCUUCCCGAAUUCACGCAGCCGGUCCCGACGUUCCGAGCCAGAGGUGGUGCCCCGUGAGCGCCAGUGGCAGGACCAGAUGCGAACUGCCCGCCUGACCCUUCACCUUGUGUGCCCCACACUCCCCACCUCCCCCACCCUCUCAGCUCAUGCCCCAAUCCCAGCAGAGAGAGAUGCAGGUAAAAGUGGGUCAACCCAAUACAGUUUCGCCACCUGCCCAUCGCUUCAGGGUCUCUUCUCUCACCUGCCGUGGCUGCCCAGCCACUCUCGACAUUAUCCAUCCCAUCUUUCCGUCUCAUCUCCAUCCAAUUCCUUUGGGAUGGUUCCCCUGAAAUCACGCAGCAUGUUCCAGUCGGGGGGGGGAGAGGUCGUGGAGCUCUGAAAUGCAGAGGGAUCUGGGCAGCUUAGUACAUGAAGGUUAGUGUGCAGGUACAGCAAGUAAUUAGCGAAGGUUCGAAAAUGUUACAGUUUAUUGAAAGAAGAAUUGGAUACAUCAGUACAGGGGUUACACACAAGUUGUACAGGGCACUGCAUCUGGAGUAUUGUGUACAGUACUGGUCCCCUCGUGCAAGGAAGGAUGUUAAUGCAGUCCAGAAGACAGUCAUUUGGAAUUUGGACUGGAUUCCGAUGAAACCAGGCAAGGUGAUGGAGCAGCAUCUUUUGUGAUGUUGUUACAAUGAAAGCCCAAAUUGAUUGAAAUGUGCAUGACUCUUCACAGUUGUUGCUGCCUGCUCAAAACAUCAAGGAGAUAAUUCUUGAGAAAAUGUGACUGGCCUAUGGAGCUGUGUGAUGAGGUGUAUGGAUAUCUGUUUCACCUCAAAAAAUUGACAAAUUCAAGACCAUAAAUAGUUAGUCAAGGGAAAAUGCGAUAAUGUAUUAACUGUGAUGUAAACAGUGGAUUUUAGAAAAAAUUUUGAUUGUAAGUUUCUGGUCUUUUGAGUUCCUUAACGGUGGGUUAGUCUGUGUCUGAAGUUAGCAAUCCUGUGAAUUCCUUGCAAUGGGAUGUCUGUCGAGAGCUGUACUCCUGGGCAGGGAAGGUGCAAUGAAUUAGUUUCCCUCAGAGUGAGGAGUUAGUGUCAGUCCCAGACCAAAGGUGUUGGAAUAAAACCCUGAAGAGGUUACUUAAGUAUGAGUACAUUGUACCUCAGGUAUAUGAUAGCUCCAGGAAGAAGUCAAUUACAGUUCCAGUCGAAACGUCGAAGUCACAUGAAGCUGAAAACUGCCAAGGUGUUUGAUACAGGUAUUCUUGUGUGAUCAUUGUACGAGUGGUGUUCCAGUUUCUGUUAGAGGAGCAAGUUUUGGGUAUUAUACAAAAUCUAUUUUGUAUCUGUUCAAUUUAUAACAUGGCAUUUUGUGAUAAAUGAGUUUAUACUCUUCUUGCAUGUUUAAAAAUCUUCAAAUUUGUAUUCUAAACAGAUGGUUUGUUUCAUUUUAUUUUAGUUAGUCAGAGUCAUCCAGCACAGAAACAGACCCCUCGGUCCAACCAGUCCAUGCUGAUCAUAAUCCCAAACUAAACUCGUUCCCCCCCGCCUGCUCCUGCCCCAUAUUCCUCCAAACAUUUCUUAUUCAUGGACUUAUCCAAAUGUCUUUUAAACGUUGUAACUGUGCCCAUAUCCACCACUUCCUCUGGGAGUUCAUUUCACACACGAACCACCUCCUCUGUGUAAAACAAAAAAAAAAAAAAAUUUGCCCCUCAUGACUUUUUAAAAUCUUUCUCCUCUCACCUUAAAAAUAUGCCCCCUAGUCUUGAAAUCCCCCACCCUAGGGAAAAGACACCUCCCAUUCACCUCACCUACAUCCCUAAUGAUUUUAUAAACCUCUAUAAGGUCACCUCUCAACAUACUAUGCUCCAGUGAAAAAAGUCCCAGCCUCUCCUGAUAACUCAAACCCUCCAUUCCCAGCAACAUACUGGUAAAUCUUUUCUGAACCCUCUCCAGCUUAUUAAUAACCUUCCUAUAACAGGGGGACUAGAACUGGACACAGCACUCCAGAAGAGGUCUCACCAACGACCUGUACAACCUCAACAUGACGUCCCAACUCCUAUACUCAAAGGUCUGAGCAAUGAAGGCAAGUGUGCUAAACACCUUCUUAACCAGCCUGUCUAUAUGUGACGCAAACUUCAAAGAAUUAGGCAUCUUAACUCCUAGGUCUCUCUGAUGCCCAAGUCCUGCUCUUGUGUAUUUUACCAAAAUGCAAUGCCUCACGUUUAUCCAAAUUAAACUCCAUCUAGUUGGAAAUAGUUGGCUAGAAAUAAUGCCCAUUUGUAUGGGCUUUCUUAUGGACUUUCAGAAGGCAUUUGACAAAGUUCUUCAAAGGGGAUGUGUUCAGAUGAAAGGCAUGGAGAUAAGGGCAGCUGGGCAGUAUGGACUCAAAAUGGCUGAGUGUCAGGAAGCAGUGGGUGGUUUAAGGCUAUGGUUAUUCAGUAUGCGAUGGUGGUUUGGAUUUCGCUCUGUUGAUCCUCACUUUACGCACAGAAUUGGCGAUCAGGUUUCCUAGUGAUACCAGUACUGUCAGUGCAAUAGGCGGUGAUGAGGAUAGGCCUCAGGCUGAUGUCAGUGGAUCAAAACCAGUGUUCAUCUCUCACAUCUAAUGGCAGUGAGAUGGUUUGACCCUUUUUGUGUUGCAGGGGCUUCCUGUGAGUAAAUUGAUUCUCUGGUUUCGUACAUUACAACAGGGGCUGUGAAUCCAUGACUUAAGGGUGCUUUGGGAGUGACUGCAUCUCGAGAGUGGUGUUUGAACCCUUAGACUCCAAGGCAAGGGAUCCGCCCGCUGACCCACAGCGGGUACAAAUUGCAGUGUUCCGAUGAAGUAGGAACCAGGUUACCCUGAAGGGGUUGCAUUGGCAUAGGUCUCCUCCAAUCCUGAAGGCCACAGGCUCAGUGAGGCCACAUCUGGGAAGAGAAAGAUUCCAAUCCUCACAACGCUACACCUCGCCUCGCCCCGCCCCCGCCACAACCCACAAGCUCUUGAGGACUCCCCUCUGAGUGAACUUCCCAAAACUCCGCUGAGGGAAUCUCACCUCUGUUUCCCCUCAGCCCUCCAUCCCACCCUCCCCCCCCCCCCCCACCCCCACAAUGUCCAACACAGGAUCCUGAGCCCCACUUCCUCUCGCACAGCACUGUAUGGGUGUCUCCACACCACACAGACUGCAGCGGCUCAAGAAGACGGCUCACCGUCCCCCACCCCACUUUCUGAAGGGGGGCAAUUAGGGGGGAGACGGGGCAAUAAAUUGAAUGAAGAAAACCAAGAGGAGCAGGUUCCCAGGGCAGGGGAGGGGCUGGCAGCUGAAACCUUUUAUAGCAAGAAGAGCCGGUUUAUUAAAAACGUCAUCCGACACACAAUCACUUCCUGUCCUUUCAAGCAGCAAUACUGAUGGAAAAUGAGGAACAGCACGAUCCAAAUGAAGCCACUUCUUGUUGUUGACUGGAGAAUUGUGGGAUACGUCCGACAUUGAUAAUGCUUUAAUGCUUACAAUAAAUAAAGUUCAACAAAAUAAAA